AUGAAUACAUCGGCUAAUUCGAAUAUUCUGGACCAAGGAGCCUCUUUCUUUGAGGGCUUAUCGGCGGAUGUAUUCGCUCGUCUGAAGGACUUCAUUGGCUCUGUGAGCGAUAUUGAAAUCUUCUGGAUCAUUCCUCCUACAUCCAAAAGCCAACAAUAUGCCCAGACCCUAGGUUUCGCUCGAACCAUGCGCUCUGAGUUUGGAAUUGACUUCGCUGUUUGUGAGAUGGCUAGUUUCGACAAUACUGCUCUUGAUGUCUUUGAGCGAUUCCAACUUCGAGCGGAGUCCACAUCCCUCCAUACGGAUAUGGAGUAUGCCAUUCAUGAAGGAGAAGUAAAUGUUCCUCGCAUCCAUCCAUUCUCCCUUGGAGGGGACCUGGUCAGGUCAUCCGACGAUGAUCAUCUUGCCUUGACUACAAGUAGACCUGGCCGGCUGUCAGAUAUACAUUGGGAAUACCAACCGACUACUCCAUUGGGGAGUGAUGAUGUUGAAAUUGAGGUUUACUCAGUGGGUUUAAAUCAGCGAGAUAUCUUUGUCGCAACCGGAUCUAUAGAGGUCUCUUAUCUCGAUUUCGGACAGGAAGCAGUAGGUAUAAUUCGCCGGGUGGGCCAUGGUGUGAAGGACCUCAAGAUUCACGACCGCGUCAUGGCUUUAGGACAGGGAACUCUUGCAUCUGUUAUUGUGCGAUCGGAGGCACUUUGCGUGAGGCUUUCCGAGGAUCUUACCUUCAAUGAUGCUGCCCACCUAUCGCUCAUCUACACCACUGCAAUCUACGCCCUGAGCCAUGUCGCACGUUUGACGAAAGGCCGGUCAAUUUUGAUCCAGCGUGGGGCCACUCGCAUAGGAAUUGCUGCCAUCCAGAUUGCACACUUCUUGGAGGCUACAGUUUUCGCAACUGCGGAUGACGAGAAUGAAGCAGCUCACCUAGUCCACAACCUCCAUGUUCCGCGGAGCCAGAUAUAUCUCACAUCUGAUCCCAAAUUCCCAGAAUCAGUGUUAGAAUCGACAAAUGCUCUAGGGGUGGACAUUGUGCUCAACUCUCUCCCUGGUGAGCUGGGUCAUGCCUCCUGGGUCUGUAUCGCAGAGUUUGGCGUUGUUAUUGAGACUGAAAGGUUGGGUAUCAACGAGAAGCAAAACAUUACUGCUAUCCGACCAAAUUGCAGCUACUCUCUUGUUGACAUUGGCCGAAUUCAAGAGAGUAAGCCGGAACUAAUAAAGGAGAUUCUCACCGAUACGUUGAAGUUGCUCGCCAACGGCACGAUUCGCCUCAUUCAACCGCCAAAGGUUUUCGAUGUAUCCCAUAUCCAGAACGCCUUUUCUGAGCUGCAGGUUUCUCCAGAAAGUAACGUUGUUGUUCAAUUGCGCAAAUCCGAUGGAACGGGAUUUCUUAUCGAAAAUGCUGUUAAGAGAUCCAUAACUCCCCAAUUCGACUGUUCUGCGUCUUAUCUUUUAAUUGGAGGUCUCGGUGGUCUUGGGCGAUGCGUGUCAACAUGGAUGGUAGAGCACGGUGCAAGGAACUUGAUAUUCCUGUCGCGGAGUGCGGGUAAAGGACCCGGUGACAAAGCAUUCGUGAAUGAACUCGUCACAAUGGGCUGUGAAGUACAGCUGGUCCAGGGCAGUGUAUCAGAUCCAGAAGUUGUGGACCGCGCAAUCAAGGCAGCAAUUGCUCCUCUCAAAGGCAUAUUACAGAUGUCUAUGGUUCUGCGAGAUGUGGCAUUUUCCAAAAUGAGUUGGGAAGAUUGGGAACUGGCAACAAAACCCAAGACCAUUGGAACCUGGAACUUGCACAAUGCGACCCUUGCAGCAGGGAUUGCCCUGGAUUUCUUUACUUUGUUCAGUUCAAUAUCGGGAGUGAUCGGUCAGCCGGGUCAGGCCAAUUAUGCUGGAGCAAAUACCUUCCUCAAUGCAUUCUGCAACUACCGCCAACAGCAGGGUCUGGCUGCAUCAGUCAUUGACUUCGGCCCCAUUGAUGGCGUUGGUGUUUUCUCUCAGAAGGAUCAUCUACUGCGACAGCUAAAGAGUGCUGAAUUUUACUGUAUUGGCGGAAAGGAAGUCCUCGACGGUUUGGUUGUGGCAACAGCUCCUGCAUCCACGAUGACCCGAUCUGCAUUCCUCCUUGGAUUUGAUUCGACACUUUCACUUGACAGUGACAAGAACCGCCUAGUGUGGCGCAAUGAUCCACGUAUGGCGGUGUAUCAUAAUCGCAAGAGUACUGGGUCUGCAGGUGUAGCAUCUGGCAGUGAUGGGUUGAAGGGGUUCUUGGCUUCGGCGCGCGGAGACCCCAGUAUCAUGGAGACACCAGAGGCAGUUGAAAUACUCGCUCGCGAGAUCAGCCUGAAGGUCUUGAGUCUUCUAUCCAAGGCCGACGAAGAGGUCAACACAAACCUGGGCCUUGCAGAUCUUGGCAUGGACUCGUUGGUCGCCAUCGAGAUGCGUAUGUGGUGGAACCAGACCUUCCGGUUUGAUAUCAGUGUCUUAGAAAUGAUGGGCAAAGGGACAUUGGAUGUUCUCGCUAAACAUGCUGCAGAUGGAAUCAGAAAAAGCUUGAAGUAG